UCUGCUAACAAACACAUGUUGGCAAGUACUCACUUUAAUCACCAGCUGCCAUUCACCAACAUCUUGAACUCUAUCUAUUAUUUUGAACUUUGUUGAGUCUAAUUCGAUUUCUUCCAUCGCCAUGUCAGAAGAAUUAAAAUCUACAAGGGGUUGUCCAAAGCUGAUUUUGGUAUCAGAAGACGGCCCAACAAAUCCGAUAACACAAGAUGAUCAGUUACCAGACUCACUUGCAGAGUUCCAACCAUACUCUUGCUGUAAUUGGAUCUUCCGAAAUUUUCGCUGAAGACGACCAGGACAAGGGGCUUGAUAGCGACCACGAUGAAGCCCAAAGUGAUGGCCAUGAGGAUGAUGAAAACAAAGCUGCAAAUGGGCAGUUGAACCAGAAGAAAAAGAAACCGCGGUCAAAAUCCAGGCCACAGUACAUCAAAAACACGGAUCACCGCACACAGCAUGCCAAGAGAAGUGGCCUACAAUUAGUGAAAAAGAUUAAGGACUACGCAGCAAAGACCGGGGCGAAAGUUUACUUGCAAACCGAGUACAGAGGGGCAAAGUCAUCCCACACGUUCUCUUACGGGGAAUACUGGAGCCUGACGGGGGAGGUUGCUGAGAAAGCUACAAUAACUUCAGCUAGUGUCAAGGAAGCGGUGGAAGAAGCCGUCAAGGGUACCUUCACCCCAAUCUUGAAGGAGAUCACUUCCGGAUCUAAUAAUGCAGCGUUUUCAGCGAGCGUCCUGUCACCAAAAAAGCAUGCCACUUCAAAGGCUCAAAAUUGUUUAAUUUGUGGCAAGACUGAGGUUGUCAAGGACUUUAUAGUCUUUGAUUCUAAAUUAAUUGGAUGCACUGGAGAUGGAAAGAAUUGCUCAAAAUGGGUACACGCGGAUUGUUUGGGAUUUCCGGGCAUCACUAACAAGGAAAUCAAAGAAAUGCCCAACUACUUCUGCCCUGAUCACUUGGCAUUCGGACGCAAGCGAAAGGGUGUCAAGAACCACUAUGUAGGUGCUGAACCGGAACCCUCAAAAAAGCUUGGAAAACGAGGACAUUGAAGCAAUUAUUUAAUGAUGCAUCAUAAUUAAAGUGCAAUUGCUUAAUCUGAACAAGUUUACAUAUGUGCAAUUAUUUACAAGUACAAGUAUUUACAUUUGCAGAAUAAGUUUAGUUACAAUA